AUGGCUACGGGUCGUGAUGAGUUGGCUGCAGUGACCUGUGGCGGUUACAUCUAUGCCAUGGGCGGAAGUCAUUUGGUUUGGCCAGUGCGUCAUGUCUUGGACUCGGCGGAACGCUUCGACCCAAGGAGUGGCACCUGGCAGGAGCUUCCCCGCCUCACCCGCGAGCGCUGCGCGGCGGCCGCGGUGGCGUUGCACCGGCGCCUGGUGGUGCUGGGGGGCUGCGAUGAGGAUGGUGUGGCGCUGUCCUCCACGGAAAGCUUGGAUCUCACUCUGGGUCAACCCCGCUGGGAGGUGUUGCCUUCGAUGCGGAGAGCUCGCUGUAACUUUGCAGCCGCCACCUCUGCCGGACGGAUCCUGGUCGCCGGCGGCUAUGAUGAUCAUACACGCGACGUCGAUACCGUGGAGCAGUUCGACCCCUCCCAUGGCGCAGGGUGGGAAGCGGUGCAUGUCCUUCCAGUGCCACGAUGGGGUGUCCGAGCAGCCAGCCGUGCCGGGCACAUCUUCAUCGUGGGCGGGAGAGGAUACCCCGGUACCAGGGCUGGGGGAGUGUGGGUCAUCCGGAUCACCAGGCCUCGAACACUCCGGCGCUUGGGCCCCUCGUCGCAUGUGAAAACCGCCGAAAAGGUUGAACAGAUUGAAACUCGCCGGGCUGCCUGCAAUGUCUUUGGCCGACACUUCGGUGGAAUCGGUGGAACGUUGGCGGAUAUUCUGCGGAAGCGACAGAUGGAGGCUCAGCACGUGUGCCGUGCCUGGCGCAAGGCCUUCGCGGAGUUCGGCUUUUGCCAAGCCACGGGGCACGGAAUCCAGGAUGAGGUCAUUGAAGAAGCUUAUGCCGUAGCCCGCCAGUUCUUCACUUUGCCUGUGGAAGCCAAGCAACGCUGCGACACAGGAAAAGCUUAUGGAGCUUCCAGUGGCUACACCGGGCCUGGCGCAGAACGAGUUAGUGCAACUGCCACGGAAUUGCCGGAUGGCAAGGUCCUGGGCUCGGAGAAGGCACGGCCACCCGACCGGGUGGAGUCGAUGAUCUUCUACGGCCGAGAGGAGGAUGUCGUGCCAGAGGAGGUCAAGAACUACAGAGAGGUCAUGAAGCGUUACUAUGAGGAGCUGAGGGGACUACUCCUCGCCUCGAUGGCACUCACGGCCGCGUCCUUGGAGUUGCCAUUGAACUAUUUCGAUCGCUACUUCACGGCCGACAAGUUGACCAAGAACGAAAUCUCCCUUCGCUUGGCAUACUAUCCAGCCUAUGAAGAUGGAGUGGAGCCACUUCCUGGACAAUUGCGCUACGGCGAGCACACCGACUAUACAGGUUUCACACUUCUUUGGCAAGAUCACAACAUCACUGGUCCUCAAACGGCCAAGGAGGGUCUCAACCCGCCCUUGGGCGGACUACAAGUCCGUAUGCCCGAUGGCUCGUGGGCGGACUGCCCUCCAGCGCCGGGUGCGUUCACCAUCAAUGCAGGAGACCUGAUCCAGGCCUGGACCAAUGAUGAAUUCAUGUCCAACUGGCAUCGAGUGACGAAUCCUCCACCUGGGGACCGACAUGAUCGGAUCAGUCUGGUCGUUUUCACUGGCCCUGCCAAUGACACCAUCGUCGAACCCUUGCCUACUUGUGUGAGCCCUGAUCGACCGCCCAAGUACAUGCCCAUUUCAGCGGGAGAGCAUUUGGCCAAGAAGCUUCAAGCUUCAAAUGUUUGA